AUGGCGAGCAUGAGCGAAUUGCGCGAGGCUCUGUUUAAAACCUACAAGGCACUUGAGCCCUCUGGUGACUACACGUCGUUCUUCUGGAAGGGCAUCUGUCGUCCGAUGUUGGGGAUAAGCUGGGAGGACAAGGUGGCAGUCAAGAGGAACAGACGCGGUGGCGUUGGAAAUUUCGUGUGCGAUCGGUGCAAACCCGGUGAAGUGAUGAGCCUGCCUGUGCCCAGCAAGGUGACCACGAACGUGCUGAGUCAACAUCCCAACAUGCAAGACUUCAUUCCUGACGAUCACCACCUACCACUUAAGGACUGGGUCGUGCUCGGGCCGGACGGCGAGGCUUACACGCCCCGCGGCCAGUGGCCGCCGCUAGAGACCGUGAAGGGGACCUGGAAGAGGAUCACCAGGAUGAGCGAGAGGGAGUUGGGCCGGAAAUCCCGGGAUGAAGGCCUCGUGACAUCCAUACCCUGGGUCAGCACUUGGCACCCCGUCAACAUUUUUAGCGGGCCACUACCUGGCUUCUUUACAUCCGAAGACGAGGCUGGCAACUUGAUGGCGGACCAGAUGGACAGACACAUCUCGCGCUGGCGCGUCGUCAAUCUCGACGACCUCGUCAAGUCUUACCGGCUCUCGACGCAGGUAAUUUCUCAGCUCGAGUGCGACGCCCACGAGAUCACAAAAAGAUGCGAUAUACUUUGCCCCCACCCUUACGAACACUAUAUCGGCGAGUACGCACAAGCCUACGUUGUGCUCGAGUUCAGCCCUAGAGGCGAAAGGUCCAGACUGCGGCUUGCUACCACCCCUUGCUGCCUUUUCGAAUACACGACUAUGUCCUCAUUUGAGGCUGCCCGCAGAGGAGCAGCCUUCUGGAACCAAGUGCGAGCCGAUGCAGGCUCUGCCAACGACGUCGACUACGUCCCCUACUCCGCAGUCAGGGACGGAGUGGGUAACUCCAAUAAGUGA